UUCGGCCCAUUUCAGUUAGAACUUAUUCCAUAUCUUGAUGAUCUACUGGAAAAUGGCGAUUUCGAAGAAGGGCCAAAGACAUCAGAACUAAAGAAAACAGUGAUCAUUGGCAAAUACUCAUUGCCUGAAUGGGAAAUCAGUGGUGUAGUGGAGUGGGUAUCAGGUGGGCCCCAGGAAGGGGGGUUUUACUUUCCGAUACCUCGUGGGGCCCACGUGAUCCGACUUGGGAAUGAGGCUUCCAUCUCUCAGUAUGUAGAGGUGAAGCCAAACACUAUAUAUUCACUCACAUUUGGAGCCACUAGGACUUGUGCUCAAGAUGAGGUCCUUACCGUCUCGGCUGGAGACAUGUCUAGUGAUCUUCCUAUUCAGACAUUGUACAGUGCUGAUGGUGGUGACACUUAUGCUUGGGCUUUCAAAACAACAUCUAAUUAUGUUGAGGUCAAAUUUCACAAUCCUGGUAUGCAAGAAGAUCCAGCUUGUGGACCACUUCUAGACCAUAUUGCAAUCAAGGAAUUGCCUAUGGCUACAUACACUAAAGGGCUAAGGUUUAUUGCUGUUGGCCUUUUCUGAGACUAAAUUUCGCCUUCAAACGUAGUUGAAUGAAUUUCCCUUACAGCAGACAAAUUCAGCCCAGUAGGCUAAAUGGGGACAGUUUAAACAGUGGCUUCAAAAGAAGCAACAACAACAUACCUAGCGUAAUUCCACGAGUGAGAUCUAGGGAGAGUAAAGUGUAAUGCAGACCUUACCCCUACCUUAAAAGGUAACUUGGUGAAAAAUGGUGGAUUUGAAGCUGGUCCGCACGUAUUCAAGAACUUCUCGACAGGGGUGCUUGUCCUGCCUCUGAAACAAGACAAGUACUCACCAAUUCCAGGAUGGAUGGUUCAGUUUGCAAAACCAGCAAAAUACAUCGACUCGAAGCAUUUCUUAGUACCUUCAGGAAAUGCAGCUGUUGAAUUAAUAGGAGGAAGGGAAACAGGCAUUGCACAGACAGUAAGGACAGUCCCCAAACAAUUCUACAACCUGACUUUCAUCAUUGGCGAUGCAAACAAUGACUGCCACGGAACAAUGACAGUUCAAGCAUUCGCUGGAAAGGCUAGUACACAAGUUUCAUUUGUAUCAAGUGGAAAGGGAUGGUACAAGACAGCAAGCCUCAAGUUCCAAGCAGAUAAAACUAGGACAACAAUAGCUUUUUAUAACCCAUUCUAUCACACGAAGGUACACGACUUUGGUCACAUGUGUGGACCUGUCAUCGAUGAUGUUAGUCUCGUUCAUGUCAAGAAGUGAGCAUUACUCAGAUAAGAUCAAUUUCAAAUCAAGUUCUGUACCAUUGUUUUUGUUUUUGUUUAAGUUGUUCAGUCCGAAACAAGAAUGAUAUAUCCAAUAAAAGUAGUAAAAUCUCUUCAUU